GGGUUGCCGUUUCAAAACUAAUUGCAGAGGCUGCGCAUCGCACGGAAGUAUCUGUGUGCGAGCUUUACCUGUCUCGCUUCCUUCUGCCUUUCCUGGCCUGUACCCGAAUUAUUGUUUUAGAGCCUUCGCUCGAAGCUCUCGUUUUCGUUUGGCUCCUCCCUCCGCCUUCCAAAAAAAAAAGUGCUUCUUGCUCUUCUCCGGCUUUCGUUAAGCUGCAAAGCGAAAUGCGGCGCCGCGCAGGUUUCCCCACCUCACCCGUAUGCGUCAACCCGGACGCAAACUUCAGCGCCGAGUGGCGGGAGAUGAAUGCGGCCGACUCCGGUUGGACCCGCACACCGCAGCCGCGAACGCUCGAGGAGUUUCGUGCACAGUUGUGCCAAACCGGCAAGGAGCGCGCCAAGCGCAGUGUGGAGUCGGAAGAGGAAGAGGACGCUUUCUACCGCACGACGGACGGCCAACCGCGCCAGUACGAAGGACGCCGCUUCUUUGAGUGGUGGUGCCCCGCCAACCCGACCCGAGCCCGGCUUCGAGUGGAGCGCCUGUACUGGAUCGCGUGGAAGCAGUUUCUGUACGGGUUCUUCAUGUCCGGAAUCGGGACCGUGCUGAUGCUGAUUGGGAUCGGGUGCACGGCAAACGUAUGCGAGGAAAAGUCACGCGGUGUUGGCGUCAUCAUCGGUGCACUGCUGCUGUGCAUUCCGGGCUACUAUUGCUUGUUUGUGCUGUACAUGUACGCAACAUGCCAGGGGCGGUACACCUACCUGCAGCUGCCAGAGGGGUAG